CGCAAGGAGAAGUGGUGCGUGUCCAUGAAUGGGGGAGAAGCUGAGCUGGAAGUGGGGAGUUUUUCCAGAGGAACUUUGGGCUGGACCGUGCAGGGAGAGUGGAGAGAGUGGAUCCCGGAGCCCGGACCCCGGACCCCCCUCCCCACCCCCUCCGUGCGUGUGUGUGGCUCUGCCCCGGCUCUGCGCUCCGGCUCCGUCUGUGUGAGCAGCAAUGGCGCUGCGCUCUCUCCGGCUCCUUCCUCCUCCAUGGCUGCUGCUGCUGCCGCUGCUGCUGCUCCGCGGAGCGCAGCUCGGCCUGGGCUGCCCCAGCCGCUGCCUCUGCUUCAGGACCACGGUCCGGUGUAUGCACCUGAACCUGGAGACGGUGCCGGCCGUGUCCCCGCAGACCACCAUCCUAGACCUGAGGUUCAACAAAAUCAGGGAUUUACAGCUGGGCUCCUUCAAGCGGUUAAAGAACCUCAACACACUCCUCCUUAACAAUAAUAGUAUACGAAGGAUUCCCAGGGGAGCAUUUGAAGACUUGGAAAACCUCAAAUAUCUCUAUUUGUACAAGAAUGAAAUCCAAUCAAUUGACAGACACGCAUUUAAGGGGCUUGUCUCUCUUGAGCAACUGUACCUGCACUUCAACAACAUUGAUUCUUUGGAGCCAGAAUCAUUCACCCAUCUGCCCAAGCUGGAGCGACUGUUUUUGCACAACAACAGAAUCGCUCAUCUUGUUCCUGGAACCUUCUCGCAUCUGCAGGCCAUGAAGCGACUGCGGCUGGACUCCAACGCGCUGAGCUGCGACUGUGAGCUGCUGUGGCUGGCCGACCUGCUGAAGCAGUACGCCGAGUCGGGGAACGCCCAGGCCGCCGCCACCUGCGACCACCCCAGCCGGCUGCAGGGCCGGUCCGUGGCCACGCUCACCGCCCAGGAGCUGAACUGUGAGGUGCCGAGGAUCACCUCCGAGCCCCAGGACGUGGACGUGACUUCAGGAAACACCGUCUACUUCACCUGCAGGGCUGAAGGCAACCCCAAACCGCAGAUCAUCUGGCUCAGGAACAACAAUGCUCUAAACAUGCGUGACGACACCCGUCUCAACCUGCUGGAAGACGGGACGCUGAUGAUCCAGGACACCCGGGAGACGGACCAGGGAGUGUACCAGUGCAUGGCCAAGAACGUGGCCGGAGAAGUCAAGACGUCGCAGGUCACGCUGCGAUACUUUGGGACGCCGUCACGUCCGAGUUUCGUGAUCCAGCCCCAGACCACGGAGGUGCUGGUGGGCGAGAGCGUGACCCUGGAGUGCAGCGCCACGGGUCAGCCGCAGCCCAGAGUGUCCUGGACCAGGGGGGACCGCACCCCCCUCCCCAACGACCCCCGCAUCAACAUCACCCCCUCCGGAGGGCUCUACAUCCAGAACGUGGACCAGGCGGAUGCAGGGCAGUACACCUGCUUCGCCUCCAAUAAUGUGGACACCAUACAUGCCACAGCCCUCAUCAUCGUACAAGCGACGCCGCAGUUCACCGUCACACCGCAGGACCAGUCGGCCCUGGAGAGCCAGACGGUAGAUUUCCCCUGCGAGGCCAGUGGAAACCCUCACCCAGUGAUUGCCUGGACUCGAGGGGGAAGUCCUUUACCUCUGGACCGACGUCACAUCAUCCUGUCCUCCGGGACGCUGCGCAUCACGUCGGUGGCGGCCCACGACGAGGGCCACUACGAGUGCCAGGCCGUCAACCCGGUCGGGAUCGUACGCACCGGAGUGCAGCUGAGCAUUGAGCAGAGAGUAACGCCUGUUUUCACAAAUGCUCCAAGGGACCUGACUGUGGAGUCUGGCCAGGAUGUGCAGAUUCCCUGCAGCGCUCAGGGCCAGCCGCAGCCGGCCCUCACCUGGAACAAGGAUGGUGUCCAGGUGACGGAGAGCGGGAAAUUCCACAUCAGCCCCGAGGGCUACCUGGAGGUGAAGGACGUGGGCACUGCGGAUGCUGGGCGUUACGAGUGCGUCGCCCGCAACCCCAUUGGCUACCAGGUGGUGAGCAUGGUGCUCACAGUCACGGUGCCCGCCGUCAGCAGGGAGGGCGACACCUUCGUCAGCUCCUCCAUAGAGCAGGCCAUCCGAAACGUGGACAGCGCCAUCGAAUCCACCAGGAGACGUCUCUUUGAUGGUCAGCCUCGCACCCCAGGAGAGCUGCUGGCUCUUUUCCGGUACCCGCGUGACCCCUACACGGUGGAGCAGGCCCGAGCCGGAGAGAUCUUCGAACAGACGCUGCUGCUCAUCCAGAACCACGUCAACCAGGGCCUCAUGGUCGACACCAACGGCACCGCAUUCCGCUACAACGACCUGGUCUCCCCGCACUUCCUGGAGGUGAUCGCUAACCUCUCCGGCUGCACGGCCCACCGCCGCAUCAACAACUGCUCCGACAUCUGCUUCCACCAGAAGUACCGCACGCACGACGGCACCUGCAACAACCUGCAGCACUCCAUGUGGGGCGCCUCGCUCACCGCCUUCGAGCGGCUGCUGAAGUCCGUCUACGACAACGGCUUCAACCUGCCCCGGGGCGCCACCGAACUGCACCACAACCGCUACCGGCUGCCGCUGCCGCGCCUGGUGUCCACCACCAUGAUCGGCACGGAGACCAUCACCCCCGACGACCGCUACACCCACAUGCUCAUGCAGUGGGGGCAGUUCCUGGACCACGACAUGGACGCCACCGUGGCCGCCCUGAGCCAGUCGCGCUUCUCCGACGGCCAGCUGUGCGCGCAGGUGUGCACCAACGACCCGCCGUGCUUCCCCAUCCAGUUCCCGGCCAACGACCAGCGGCAGCUGCGCACCGGCGCCCGCUGCAUGUUCUUCGUGCGGUCCAGCCCCGUGUGCGGCAGCGGGAUGACGUCGCUGCUCAUGAACAGCGUGUAUCCCAGAGAGCAGAUCAACCAGCUCACCUCCUACAUCGACGCCUCCAACGUUUACGGCAACUCCCGCCACGAAUCCAACGAAAUCCGGGAUCUGGCCAGCCACAGGGGGCUGCUCCGCCAGGGGAUCAUCCAGCGCACGGGGAAGCCCCUGCUGCCCUUCGCCACGGGGCCGCCCACCGAGUGCAUGAGGGACGAGAACGAGAGUCCCAUCCCCUGCUUCUUAGCCGGAGACCACCGGGCCAAUGAGCAGCUGGGCCUGACCGCCAUGCACACGGUGUGGUUCCGGGAGCACAACCGCAUCGCCACCGAGCUGCUGAGACUCAACCCCCACUGGGACGGGGACACCAUCUACCACGAGGCCCGCAAGAUCGUGGGCGCCCAGAUGCAGCACAUCACCUACAGCCACUGGCUGCCCAAGGUUCUAGGUGACGCGGGCAUCAAGAUGAUGGGACCGUACGCCGGCUAUGACCCCAACGUCAACGCCGCCAUCUUCAACGCGUUCGCCACGGCGGCGUUCCGCUUCGGACACACCCUCAUUAACCCCAUACUCUACAGGCUGAACGAGAACUUCGAGCCCAUCCCUCAGGGACACAUCUCCCUGCACCGAGCCUUCUUCUCCCCGUUCCGGAUCGUGAACGAGGGCGGCAUCGACCCGCUCCUGCGGGGGCUCUUCGGCGUGGCGGGUAAAAUGCGUGUUUCCACGCAGCUCCUGAACACGGAGCUGACGGAGAGGCUGUUCUCCAUGGCCCACGCCGUGGCUCUGGACCUGGCCGCCAUGAACAUCCAGAGGGGGAGGGACCACGGGAUACCGCCCUACAACGACUACCGGACCUUCUGCAACCUGACCUCGGCUCACUCCUUCGAAGAUCUGAGGAACGAAAUAAAGAACCCAGAAGUCAGAGAUAAACUACAGAGGCUGUACGGCACACCGCUGAACGUGGACCUGUUCCCGGCGCUGAUGGCUGAAGACCUGGUUCCUGGCAGCCGGCUGGGCCCCACCCUCAUGUGUCUGCUGGCCAUGCAGUUCAGACGCCUGCGCGACGGCGACAGGUUCUGGUAUGAAAACCCGGGCGUGUUCACCCCCGCCCAGCUGACCCAGCUGAAGCAGGCGUCUCUGGCCCGCGUGCUGUGUGACAACGGCGACAACAUCACCCGCGUCCAGCAGGACGUGUUCUCCGUGGCCGAGCUGCCGCACGGCUACGGCAGCUGCAGCGACAUCCCGCAGCUGGACCUGCGCAUGUGGCAGGACUGCUGCGAGGACUGCAGAACCAAAGGUCAGUUCAACGCGCUGUCGUACCACUUCAGAGGGCGGAGGUCAGCUGAGCACAGCUACAAAGAGGAGCAGGCUGACAACAGCAUCCACGAGAAGAGCUCUGUGAAAGAAGCACAGGGAAGUCUUUCAAACGUUACCGUCACCCCCAAAAAAAGCAGCGAACCCUCAAUCGGCGAUUUCCAGGAUUUUGUGUCCGACAUGCAAAAGACCAUCACAGGCUUACGAAAGCAGAUUAGAAGACUUGAAACCCGUCUCAGCAGGACUGACUGCACUGACCAGGAGGGGCGUGAGCGAGCGGAUGGAGAACAGUGGAAAAAGGACUCGUGCUCCACGUGUGAAUGCAGAGACGGCCAGGUGACCUGCUUCGUGGAGACGUGUCCGCCGGCCGAGUGCGAGCGACCCGUCAAACUAAAAGGUUCCUGCUGCCCCGUCUGCCUCCAGCAGGACGUGGAGGAGAGGAAAAGCUCCGACCCCCGACACCAGUAACCGUCUGGAGCGGUCAACACCGACAACCGUGUGUCUGAACAUCACUCAUCAUGAGACGGGACUCGUGAAGGUGUGCUGAUCCACAGCCACAGUUAACCUCAAUAGACCCAACAGCCUCGCCUCACUUUGUGAUUUGUUACACUUUGUUUUUUUUUUCUUUUUUAUAUAAAUUAGGGGAGGGUGGUUUUUGUUUUAACUUUCAGUUUGCAGCCCGAGGCUCGGUUUGAAAUCCCCCCCUUCCCCCCCCGGCAAACAAGCCAGCAAACACUCCAGGGAUUUACUUGUGUAGCAAUGAAUGAAUGAAAUCUGAAGAAGAUGGACAAAGCUCUCUUCCCUGCUCACGGAGAAAGUGGAGCGAACGCUCGCUCUCCUGCGACACGAGGAGACGCAGGACCAGCUGCAGUCGACCAGCAGGAAAGGGAAGGUGAUGGAAGGGCGGCAGCAAAGUUUUCUCAGGUCAGAGAUGCCGAAAACUGGUGCUAUUUCCCCAAUUUUUAAUACGAUUUACUAAACACAAACCUUCAAAGUAUUAUCCUUUGUAUGCAAAACAACAUAUAUACACUAAGUAUAUGUCUUUUAAUGAUGCAUCACAACUAAGAGGAUUGUUUUUACGAGUAGCGUUGCUUCAUCUUUUAAUCCAUGGUGCUUUAUAUCGUGUUAUAAUGUUCUUUUUACCCUUUUUUGUAUGAAAUUGCUUACAUAUGAAGAUAAUGUGAAGCCCUACAAAAAUGUUUGUAAUGCAAAAGAAACAUGUCUACUGAUUACUGCUCCUCUGUCCACGGAUGACUCCCUUGCUUUCGCCGCCGGCCCGUACUGUGUUGGAAUGGGGUGGGGGCUGCUUCGCUCGCCGCCACGGGGCGCUCGCCGCCGCGGGGCGCUCCGUCGCACAGUUGCGCUACCAUUCAAACUUCAUUUUGCAUCCACAAAGCAGAAUUUUUCCAUUUGUGCAACUGUGGACUUAACUUUGGUAUUUUCUCAACUUCUGAAGCCAGAAAUAUGGUUCAGUAACUUCUAAAAUGACUAAAGGAAAGAGCUUGUGUAAAUGUUGUAACAGUCUGGCUUCAGUAUUCGACACGCUAACAUUACCACAGCAGUGUUCCCCCGAUCUGCACACAGUUGCUUUCUACUCCUUCUAAGUCUUCACCACAGUCAUGCAAAUACGUUAGUGCCCUUUAUCUUAAUCCUGUGUUUCUUGGUGUGUUAAUACAUAACUACAGUCAUCUGACCAGACCCAGUGUUAGUAGUGGCCAAAUGCAACCUCGGACAAUCGACUUAUAACUUUUUCACAGUGCCGUUAUUUGUAUUCUAAAAAAAUGAAUGAAA